AGUUGCUCCGGUUGCGGUUGUUAGCUGACCAGCUAGCUAAACUGAGUCCCCAAUUGUCAGUUGCUGAGAGCGGUGACAGCUGAACAUAUUAUUUUAUCCCUAGCUGUGGGCUCUAAACAAUCGCCACAAUGUUUGAGGAGGCUAGUGAAGUGUUCGACAACAUGUUUAAAUCUUCGUUUCCCCUUACCUUCAUUGUUUUUAUCCCCGCGGUGUUGAUCCUGGUGUCACCGCUACCGGCCGAGGCGGCACAUGAGUUCACGGUGUACCGCAUGCAGCAGUACGACCUGCAGGGACAGCCUUACGGUACCAGGAAUGCCAUCUUGAAUACGGAGGCUCGUACUGUGGAAGCAGAGGUACUAAGUCGUCGCUGUGUUAUCAUGCGGCUGGCAGACUUCUCCUAUGAAGAGUACCAGAAAGCCUUACGCCAGUCGGCAGGUGCUGUGGUCAUCAUCCUGCCCAAGAACAUGUCUGCUAUGCCCCAGGACAUAGUACAGCAGUUCAUGGAGCUGGAACCAGAGAUGUUGGCCACUGAGACCAUUGUCCCCGUCUAUUUUGCCAUGGAGGAUGAUGAGCUGCUGUCCAUCUACACCCAAACCUUGACCUCCUCCUCCUCACAGGGCUCCUUAUCAGCAGCCGAAGUGCUGCUGCAUACGGCCACAGCCAACGGCUUCCAGAUGGUCACCAGUGGAGCUCAGAGCAAAGCUAUCAGUGACUGGGCCAUCACCAGUCUAGAGGGUCGUCUGGCUGGAGUUGGAGGAGAGGACCUGCCCACUAUUGUUGUGGUGGCUCACUACGACUCCUUUGGUGUUGCUCCAUGGCUUUCGUACGGAGCAGACUCAAACGGCAGUGGGGUGUCCAUGUUACUGGAGCUGGCUCGUCUCUUCUCGAAACUUUACACCUAUAAGAGGACACACGCUGGGUACAACCUGCUGUUCUUUGUGUCUGGUGGGGGGAAGUUCAACUACCAGGGCACCAAACGUUGGCUGGAGGACAAUCUGGACCAUACAGACUCCAGUUUGCUGCAGGACAACGUAGCCUUUGUGUUGUGUCUAGACACUCUGGGGAACGGAGACUCUUUGCACCUUCAUGUGUCCAAACCUCCUAAAGAGGGAACUCCUCAGUAUUCUCUACUUAAAGAGCUGGAGAUGGUGGCUGAGAGUCAGUUCCCAGAAGUCAAGUUCUCUAUGGUCCAUAAGAAAAUCAACCUGGCGGACGACAUGCUGGCCUGGGAGCACGAGCGCUUCGGGAUCCGCCGGCUGCCGGCCUUCACGUUGUCCCAUCUGCCCUCCCACCGCCUGGCUCAACGCUCCAGCAUCAUGGACGUGCGGUCAGUGUCCCCCUCCUCUCGCCAUGGAGCGGGAGAGCCCCCUGCUGGGCCUCACGUCGAUGUAAAGAAACUCAGCAGGAACACCAAGCUGGUAGCAGAGGCACUGGCAAGGGUCAUAUACAACCUCACUGAAAAGGGGGCUCCUGGAGACCUGCAGAUCUUCACUGAACAGAUGCAGGUGCAGGACGAGCAGCUAUCAGCAGUGGUGGACUGGCUCACAGCGCAGCCCAGAGCCGCUCAGCUGGUGGACAAAGACAGCAGCGUGGUGUCCACUCUGGAGUAUCACCUCGGACACUACCUCAAGGAUGUCAAGAGACACUACGUCAAAGCUGACAAAAGGGAUCCAGAGUUUGUAUUCUACGACCAGCUGAAACAGACUAUGAAUGCUUACAGAGUGAAGCCUGCUAUUUUUGACUUGCUGCUGGCAGUCUGCAUUGCUGCCUACUUAGGGAUGAUGUAUCUUGCUAUUCAGAACUUCGGAAUCCUGUACAGUGUUGUCCGUAGAAUCACCCAACCCAAGGCAAAGAUCCAUUAAGGUGCACAACGCUGUAUUUCUUUUUACGACCCCACCCUUUUCCUCAAAUCAAGACACUUUAAUCAGUAAGAACACGGAAGCUGGGCCAAGCUUCUGUCCUUAUGAUGGUUUCAAACCAGCAGAAUCUCUUCCUUUCAUUUACUCCACCCUGAUACCACAAACUACGAUGUCAGAUCCUGUCCUGCUGCCAACUUAAUCCAUUUGGUCUCACAGACCAGAAUAAUCAGGAAUCAUUUUUCAAUCUCCCUGUCUUCAUGAACACAGAUGUCUUGUCGAUCAUUUAAAAAGAAUCCCUCGCGUCGGACAUAUUUUAGCAUCCGUCCACACUGCUGAGAUCUAGAUAAGAUUAAGUGAUUUCUGAUGUUUCUGUUCUAGCGACCACUCCUCAUUCCUCCUCUCGGUAUACCGUACAAGUGAUCGUUGUGCCAAAUCGACGCCAUGUGAAGUCUCAGGCAGCUACAGGGAGAAACUGACCACUCACAGUUUAGCCCAGAAUUUCUUUUGUCGAGAGAUGUGUUCACCCAACCUGGUAUCUAAAGGACAGGUUCACAUUUUCCAAUCGGCUUAAAUACAGUACUCACAUUUCCAUAAAGACAUUUAGUCACUUUGAGUGAUCGAUCGCUUAGAAUAUAAAAUGUCAGCAUUGCAGGUUGUCAGAGUCCCAGAUGAUUACAUCAAAUUUAAUUUCCAUAAAAUUUACAACAAUAUAAAAAUUGCAACAAAACAUAUAAAACAUGAUUGGUUAUUUGUGUUUUGAUGGCUUAAAGGAUGAAGCAAUCAUCAAAACAUUUAGUAAUAGAUUUUCUUUUUUCUUUCAAUUAGUGUCAUACAUGGGCACGUGAGUAUUUUGUUGAGACAGACAUAAAAAGAAAAUCUGAAUUUAUCCUUUUAAAUGGGCAGUGAAAAUGACUCCAUAAAUAUUGUUCACUGAUAAGACGAGUUGCCUAAAUGAAAUGUGAAGUAGUGUUUAGAUUAUCAUGAUUCCAUUGCCUCAGUAGUGAAUUUAUUUAACAUUUGAUUACCUGUUAGAAAAAGAAAAAAAAACUUUGCCAAAUAAUAAUUGUAUGGUUUAAUAUCGCCCCUUCUCCCUGUUGAAUCUAGAUUACGGAAAUUUAAAGCAGAUUCCACCUUAAAAUUGUCUUUCUUACUUUUUGUGUAACUUUUUUCCUGUAGUCGAGGUUUGUUGCUGUGUGACUUGAUGUCUUAUUUUCACUGCUCAAAUCUUCUUUUUUAAUAUAUAAAAAAAAG